AAUCACCGCUGCAUAUGAAGUCAAGGUCGCAUAGGUUACAAAACAGGCCUCUCUGAAAAGACUUUUAUUUCUUCUGAGUAGCUUGUAUGUUAUCAUUUACAAGGCUAAAAUAGACCAUAUUUUGUCCCAAAUAUUUUUAAAGUGAAUGAGAAUUCUAUUUAUGCAGCCAGAAAGUGAAUAUGAGAUGGUGUAUAAGUUAAAAUACAAACAUACUUGCAUCAUGUUGGUACUAGUGCUGAUUACCAUUUUAAAUGUAGCCUAAUGCUUAGUGAAAUUCAAGAGCAUUCUAUCGCCAAAACUGCUGUUCACGGUGAGCAGUUUCCAAGCCCACUCAUAAAUUCAGUAGUUUAAGUGGCGUAUAAAUAUUCAGGUGUCCAUUUGUACUAAUGUUUGUGUUUAAAUAAAAUCAAUAGGUAACCUCUAUAACUUAGCAGCAUUUCCUGAUUUAACUGCCCGCCAAAGAUCGGCGUUCUACUGUACUUCUACUAGAGAUGUUUUAUUUCAGCCUUUAUUAUCUAAGCAAACAAUCCAAUCUAAUUCAUACAAGAAGAGAAGGAUCUGUUGUGUAGUUUUUGAGAUCGAGGAGACCUAGUUGCAAAUAUUUCUCACACCACACUUUUUUUCACUUAACUUUUAGUGACUGGAAUUUGACGUUAAUGUAUGGUUCUAAGAAGCUUUUCUCUCCUGGGUUGUUUCGACCCAUGUAAUGAGGUUGUUCGAGUUAAAGAUGCAUUAGGACAUUGGAGAACGUUCUACGUGCGGGAUAAGUUAGAUACUGGGUAUGUUUAUAAAGUCUCUCUAUGCUGGGAGCUUUUAGUGGAUUUAGCCGAAUAGACCUCAUUUUUGACAAAACAUCUAAAAGAUCAUUCGCCCUAAAACGUAUCUCAUGUCACUCAAAGGAUGAUGAAAAUAAGGCGUUAAAAGAAGCUAAUUUUCAAAUGAAUCUCCCUGAUCAUCCCAACUUGCUUCCUUGUAUAGCGAGUGGCCUGCAACAUGUCUCUAGGCAUGAGCAAGGAGCUAUAUCAGAAGUUCUUUUAGUAUUAUCUUAUAGCAAGGUUUGUUCUAAUCUAUGUCAUGUGAAGUAUUACAGCGAGGUACAUUGCAAAGGGAAAUUGAUCAUAGAUCUGCAUGUAACACUGUAUUUCCUCCUUACAUUAUAAAGACCAUCAUGAUCGGUAUUUGUGAAGGCCUUAUCGCCCUCCUUUCCCUUGAUAUCCCAAUGUCUCACCGCGAUAUAAAACCUGGAAAUAUACUUUUAUUUGAAGACAUGAGACCAGUCUUGAUGGAUUUCGGUUCUGUUACUCCUGCCAUUCUUCGUAUUGAGAACAAUAGAGAUGCAGAAAAAUGGAAGGAGUUUGCUGAGGAAAACUGUUCACUAACUUACCGGGCUCCAGAGUUGUUUAACCCAAUAACUCAGGAAACCAUAACCGAGAGAGCUGAUGUUUGGUCACUAGGAUGUCUGUUUUAUGCCUUGAUUUUCUCCAAAUCCCCAAUGGAUUUCGUUCAUGCUCGGGGUGACAGCGUUGCUCUUGCUGCUUGUUCAGCUAAUAUACCCUUUCCAGUAAAUUCAUGUUCAAAUGUCCCAUCAGAGUUAAUAAAAUUAUUGAAACCAAUGCUGGCAUCUGAUCCUCAAGACCGACCCCCGAUUACUCAGAUUUUGCAAUCCUUCAAAAACAUUCCAGAAGAAAUCAUGAAUCCUAGUGAUCGAAGUGCAACAACCUGUUCACUGUAAUUUGAAUUGUGUUCGACGAAGCCCCAUGUGAAAUUCAUUCGUAAAACAUUCAUUUCCCUACUCUCUAUACUGUCUAUGAAAUACUGACAAGUCUUUCUAAUUUUCUGUUUUAUGUACUUCUUAAUAUUCUGCAUAAUAUUUCGUAACACUCCCAAACAGUUUGUUUUUUAUUCUGAAAUGAAAUGCUACUGAAUAUUUUACAAAUAAAUUUUUUAGUACAAGUGCUGUCAA